AUGCCCGGCGGCCCAGUGGCUCCGUUGGAGCUGGUGGAGGCUUGGCAGACGGACGCCUUUCCACACGGCAUCCGGGCCAGGCAAAGUCUGACCACCAUCAGCAUUGUCUUUACUGUCCUUGCUUUCUGCACCGUUCUGGCACGACUGCACGACCGUGUGUUUUCUCGGCACAAUGCAGGUCUCGACGAUGUCCUGAUCGUAGCCGCCCUGAUUCCGAACGUCGCCCUUUGCGUUUCAAUAUGCCUCGCCGAAAGACAUGGAUUCGACCGUCACGCUUGGGAUCUGACGGCAGACAUGGCCGUCAACAGCAGAAAGUUCAUCCUAGCCAUCUCCAUCCUCUACCUCGCCAGCACGGGGCUCACCAAAGUGUCGAUACUCUACUUCUACCGACGCAUCGGCGAAGUGCGCACCUGGUUCAAACGGACCAUCUGGGUCAACAUCGUCUUCAUCACGGCGUACACGCUCGCCUUCAUCGUCGCCAUGCCGCUCGAAUGCAGGCCCACGGCGGCGUACUGGUGGAAGGCCAGCCCAGUGUGGCGGACGAGCCACGAAUACCACUGCAUCAACGAAGGCGCCAAGAUGAUUACGGCGGGCGCCAUCAGCGUGCUGCAGGACUUCAUUGCGUGCGUGCUGCCCAUGGCGCUGUUCUGGGACCUGCGCAUCUCGCGGCGCGCCAAGUUCGCGCUGGGCCUCGUGUUCAGUCUUGGGCUCCUCACCUGCAUCUGCGGCGUCAUCCGCACGCGCGUCAUCCACCGCGUCUUCUUCGAGACGUACGACGUGACGUGGGCGGUGCGGCCGGUGCUGGCGCUCACCAUCAUCGAGUCGAGCCUGGGCAUCACGUGCGCGUCGAUGCCGGCGCUGAAGAGCGGGGUGCUGCGCUGCUUCCACAUCGUCAUCGACCCCUUCACGUACGGCAGCAGCAAGUCGACGUCGCGGCGGUGGAAGAACCCGUUCUUCAACAGCUACCAGCAGUCGUUCCGGGACUACUUCGACACGAGCGGGAGCCGGAACUAUGGCGCAAAGGGCCGUGGGGGCUGUCGCAAUACCCCGGGAUUGGCGGUGCCGCAGAAUACGAACGCAGCAUGUGGCGGUGCUGGCCGAGCUUGGGCGUUACCGCAAUCGACGACAGCAGACUCAACAACAACCGGAGCCACUCUAACGACCGACGACGCAGCGCCACGGCUAAUCCCAUUACCAACAACACCUCACGACCACAACCCAUGGACGGAUCCCGUUCCCUCAUCCAUCCCAACCGGGCCUGGAGCUGAGGAACUCAAACGCCGGCAAUCACCACCACCACUCCCCACCCCCAUAACAAUCACCCUCACCGGCGCGGCCACCAGCACCGGCCCUUCCCCCGAAGUGACGCUCCACCCGGACACCUCCGCCGGCGGCGCCUUCGUCUACUUCCUCAACACGCCCGACGCCGCCCACGCCGCCCCCUUGACCCUCGCCCCAAACCCCACCGCCACCCUCACCCUCCCCGGCGGCACCGUCCUCGCCCUGUCCCUCGACGACGCCACCGCCAACGCAAUCCUCCUCGCCCAAGCACCGGGCGGCGCGCACGCCUUGGCCACCGUGCCGCCGCCACCAGUACCACCCGGCAGCGCGGCGGCGGCGUCGACGACGCCAUUCUCCAGCAGCAGCAGCAGCGGAACCAAAACCAGCAGCAGCAGCAGCAGCAGCAGCACCGCCAUAACCAGCAGCACCAGCAGCACCAAAACCACCGGCACCAGUAGAACCACCAGGAGCACCACCACCAGCAACGGCGACUCCGACUCCGACUCCAACCCCGACGGCCCCGACGACCACGACGGCCCCAACGGCCCCGGCCCCAACGGUCCCGGCCCCAACCCCUCGCAGCAGCAACAGCACCAAUCCGCCGCCUCGGCCGCCGUCGUGACCGUCGGCCCGCUCGAGCUGAGCCCGGCGGGCGGGUCGGGCGCGUACAACGUGCUCCAAGAACUCGAAGACGCCAACGGCGGGGGAUGGGCGGUGGCGGGGACGGUGGCGCCGCCGAGGGUUGGGGGUGAGAAGGGGCAGGGGGCAGCCGGGGAGGCGCAGGAGGCGGUCACGGUGGAUGGGGUGGUGGUGGCGUUGAGUUUGGAGGAGGUUGUUGGGGUUGUUGCUUCGACUUCUUCUGUUGUUUCUGUUUCUGUUUCUUCUGGGGGAAGUGGAGGGGAUGGUACAGGUGGUGGUGCAGGUGUGGUGGCGACGGCGACGAGCACGAGGACGGUGGUCGUUACGGGCGCGGCGUCUGGGUCUGAGGCGGGGGAGUUGAAGGCUGCGGCGACGAUCACGGCGGCGGCGGGAGGAGCGGGAGGAGCGGGAGCGGGGUGUGGGCCUGGAGGGACUGCUGGUGGUGGCGGCGGCGGCGGCGGUCCGCCCGUUGUGGUGGGGAACUUGACGUUUUUGCCUGCGGGCUCGGCGUACUGGGUUGCCGAGGGGAGUCGGACGUGGACGGUCGUGGCGGGGGGCAGCAGCGUGACGGUGGGUGGAGGGAGGACGGUCGUGGGGCUGGCGACGGAUGAGGGGGGUAAGACGGUCGUGGUUGAGAACGAUGUUAAUGUUGUCGUUACGGCUGCUAGUGCGGGGAACCAGACGAUUAUGACGACAACGACGACGGUGACGGGGACGGCGAGUACGGUGGCGACGUUGGAACUGGGUGGCCCUCCGAGGGGGCCGGGCGGCCAGGGCGGUGGUGGUGGUGGAGGGCCGAUAAUGACAUCGGAUCGAAUGGGCGCACCGGUUUCGACCGACGGACUGGGAGCGUCGAGCGAGGGCGGUGCUUCACACCGUACCGGGAGAGCGUCCCUCAUGACCUCCGUGAUGAUGGGUUUCAUGGCGAGCGCAUAUCUGCUCACUAAUAUCUAG